CUCGAUCUAAGUCAAGUCUAACUACAUUUCUUAUAAAUAUUAAACGUUAAACUUCAUCUUUAUCAAAGAUCCAAAGAUCAACGAAUGGAGAACGAACUUUACGAUUUCAUCAAGGUAUGGAUUUUAGCUAUAAUAUCCCUUUGUUAUUGUUUCUACAUAUCAUCAAAGCUCCCCAAAGGCAUUUUCAAGCUUUUUUCUUUAACCCCAAUCUUCAUCUUCUUCCUUUACCUCCCUCUCACCAUCUCCUCCGUUCAUCUCGUUGGCAUCACCGCCUUCUUCCUCUCUUGGUUAGCUAAUUUCAAGCUCCUCCUCUUUUGUUUCGACCAACCACCGCUCUCACCACCACCGUCCAACCUUUUUCACUUCAUUUCCUUAGCUUCUCUUCCCAUUAAACUUAAACAAAAAACCCCAUCUCAAAACAAAUCUAAACCACCCCAAAUAUCAAUCUUGUUUGCUAUAAAAGUUAUAAUAUUAGCUUUGCUUUACCAUUGUUAUAGCUACAAACAAAAUCUCCAUAAAAAUGUAGUUCUAGCAAUGUACGGUGCCCAUGUCUACAUUGAGCUUGAGCUCACCCUAGCCUUGGCCGCAAUCCCGGCUCGAGCCAUGUUUGGGCUCGAGAUCGAGCCACAGUUCAAUGAACCCUACUUAACUACCUCUUUACAAGAUUUUUGGGGUCGUAGAUGGAACCUUAUGGUUACUAGUAUUCUACGACCAACCGUAUAUUACCCCAUGCGCCGUAUUUCUACUCGUUUGGUCGGAUCAAGGUGGACUUCUUUGCCGGCGAUCAUCACCGUGUUCGUCGUCUCCGGCUUGAUGCAUGAAUUGAUGUAUUAUUACGUGACUCGUGUGGCUCCUACUUGGGAGAUGACAUGGUUUUUCAUCUUACAUGGGGUUGCGGUGGCGGUGGAAGUGCUGGUAAAGAAGGUGGUGCCUGUGAAAAUGAGGUUGCACCCAGUUGUUUCCGGGGCGUGGGCUAUAGGAUUUCAUGUGGUGACUGCCGUUUGGUUGUUUCUCCCGCUGUUGAUGAGGAAUGGUGUAGAUGAGAAGGCCAUAGGAGAGUACUGCAAGUUCAUGGAUCUUUUAAAGGGUUUGCUUCCAUUUUGAAUAUAUUUUAAUUUUAAAAAAGUCAUUUUUUUCUUUUUUAAAUAUCCAAGGCUCAAUUUUAUCAUAAAUAAAAAUCGAGCCAUUUAAUUCCUUUAAUUUAGACUUGAUUUUCUAGUGUAAUAUAUUUUUAUUUCUCGUGUGUUAUUGAUAAGAGUGUUUGGGUAUUUAUAUAUGUUGUUACAAAUAUUAUUACCGCUCAUAAUAGGGUCAUACUAUUUUAUCUUGAUUCCAUUGCCUUUGGUACUAAUAUUAUCUGUCCCUAGUACUAACAUUCUCUUCGAACUCUAGGUUUCCUAGGCACUUGUCUACGGAGUAUGCAGUCCUUUUUGUUUCUAGGACUAACAUUCUGGGCAGGUUCCGUACUUGUUGGACACGUGUUUGGGUGGCCUGCGGAGCAUGUGGCCCUUUCUACGAGCUCUCUGGGUGUAUGAGAACUGAGACGGUGACCCUCUCUGGGUCCUUACGAGCUGGAUCUGUGGCCUUACGUUAUGAGCUGGGUCCUUGGCUUUGCCUUGUGAGCUAAGUCCACGAACUCGCCUUGUUAUCCUCUUCGUAGUUCAUUUCGCACUUAAUCUUCUGGUGAGACCUAUCUAGGUCAUGAGUUGAAGACCCGGAUCUCUAGUAGGGCUCGAGUCAGUGAUUAUUGAUAUAUAACACGAUUUAUAUCAUAUUUAAACUCAAUCUCUAAA